CUGAGCCAGGCUGGGCUACAGAAAAAGGGCGGAGCCUCCAGGCAGUCUCUUGGCAACCGGAUCUGGCUGCCAAACCGCCAAACCUUGAGGCGCAAUGACCUCUGGGAAUUGUAGUUCAGUUGGAAGGGCCUUUUAGGCGCCUCGUGACUGCAGGCCCGCAGUCUGCGGACUACAACUCCCGAAAUCAACCGUGAGGGCGAAUGGGUGGAAAGGGCCGCCAGCGAGCUCCGACCGGGAUUCCGUGCUCCCCAGUGACAGCAGCGGCAGGAAGCUGGCGGGUGCUACUCCGGCGCCAAGGCCUCUGGUUCCCCGAAGGGCGACAUCGGACAUUUCCCUACGUAACUCCCAUCUCGGGGCCCCGAGUCUGUGCAUGGCGAAGUCCCCGGAGAACUCUACCCUGGAGGAGAUUCUAGGGCAGUAUCAACGGAGUCUCCGGGAACGUGCAAAUAGAAGCAUUCACCAACUGAAAUGUGCCCUGAGAGAAGGUGAUGUCACCGUUGGAGAAGAUGCUGCGGGUCCCAGUGUGGAAAAUGAGGAAAAUGAGGAAAAUGAGGAAAAUGAGGACGCUGGGACUGCCUGGCAUGAACUGCGACACAGCCAUGCCGUUAAUCAGCUCAAAGCUUUGUUGCGCCAACAAGCAACUAAGGAAAGUGAGGUGUCUCCAUCAAGAAGGCGAAAAGUGUCCCCUCUGCGGGCGUCAGAAGAUGAGGAAGCCAGCGUGCCUACCAUCCACAAUCUUGUUCCGAUCAUCAAUGACCAGUCUCAGUACAUUCAUCAUUUAGAGGCAGAAGUCAAGUUCUGCAAGGAGGAACUCUCUGGAAUGAAAAACAGGGUACAAGUAGUUGUGCUUGAAAAUGAAAGUCUCCAACAAGAGCUGAAAUCUCAAAGACAAGAGGAAGCAAUGAGGGAACAAACACUUCUGGAUGCAUCUGGAAACAUGCAGAAUUCUUGGGUUACAACAGGUGAAGAUUCUGGGGUGGGUGAAGCUGCCAAGAGAGGAUUCUCCCAUGGCAAUGCGGAUAUUGUCGUAGGUGCAUCUGCUGGGGAAGCUGAAAAAUGGAAACUAGAACUGGAGAGGCUGAAACUUACUUAUGAAGAAAAGACUGAAGUCCUAGAAUCUCAAUUGAAAUUUUUAAGGAAAGACUUAGCUGGAUAUCAGGAAAAUUGUGAAGAUCUUAAAGAGCGACUGAAGCAUAAAGAGUCUCUCCUCGCUGCGAAUACUUCUAACUGGGUUGGUGGCCUGUGUUUGAAAUGUGCUCAGCACGAAGCUGUUCUUUCUCAAACCCACAAUAAUGUUCACGUGCAGACCAUUGAAAGACUGACGAAGGAAAGAGAUGACUUAAUGUCCGCACUAGUUUCCGUCAGGAGCAUCUUGACAGACGUGCAGGAAAGAGAAGCCGGCGCUUAUGAGCAGGUGAAGCAAGCCGUGCAAGUGGCCGAGGAAGCCAAUUUCGAGAAGACCAAGGCUUUAAUCCAAUGUGAACAGUUGAAGAACGAACUGGAGAGGCAGAAAGAGCGACUUGAAAAAGAACUCGCAUCGCAGCAAGAAAAAAGGGCCUUUGAGAAAGAGAUGAUGAAAAAGGACCUAACAAAAGAAAAGGAGGACCUGGGAUCAAAGAUAUUGUCCCUGUCUCAAAAUAUUGCCCAACUGGAGGUCCAGGUUGAAAAGGUUACAAGAGAGAAGAUUUCAGCUAUUAAUCAACUAGAGGAAAUUCAAAACCAGCUUGCUUCCAAGGAAAUGGAUGUCACAAAGGUGUGUGGGGAAAUGCGCUAUCAGUUGAAUAAAACCAAAAUGGAGAAGGAUGAGGCAGAGAAGGAGCACAGAGAGUACAGAGCAAAAACUAAAAGGGAUCUUGAAAUGAAAGAUCAGGAACCCAUGGGCAGAUUAUCCUUCCCAUCAACUCCUUUGUAUCACAUCAGCAUAGAGCGGCCCUGCCAGCCCGAGAGGACGCUUCUUGAACUAAAAAAAAAAAAAAAAAAAAAAAAAAAAAGACAUUUGGUUUGGAGGAAAAUGAUAAAUCUGUACCCUGAUUUUUAUUACAAAUUUUUUGUAAGCAACAGGUACACAUACACACACACACACACACACACACACACUCCAUUACUGGAAUUUAAAAACAUACAAAGAGAGUGUUAAUAUGAACUCCCACAUCUCCAUCACCUAGGCUCACCAUUUUGCCAAUUCUAUUCCAUCAAUCUCGUGGGUUUUUUUCCUCUCUUCCUCCUUCGUCUUUUUUGUCGCCUUUGUCGUCUGUUUCUUCCUCUUCUCUCCCGAAUUCUGUCUUCUUCCCCCUUGCUCCUUUUGCUGAAGUAUUUGAGGCAGAUCUCAGACAUGAUGUUAUUUCACUCAUGAACCCCUCAGUGUGCAUCUAUGAAGGAUGUUUUUUUUCAUAACCACCAGGUCGUCAUCACACAUGACAAUACCAACAAUAAUUCUUUAAUAUCUGAUAAUGCCAAGCCCAUAUUCACACUCCUCUGACCAUCUUAACAAUGUCUGUUUUAUGGCUGUUUUUUUUAGAACCAGACAGGAGCAUUUUUGUGUGUCAGAAUGUUAUGGUUUGAUCUUCUUUAACAGGAAAUAAAGGGAGAUCUCAGCAAAAUUUCAACUUUCUUUAUCUGUUGUUGUCUCAUUAAAUUUCACACAUAUAUUUUGAUUGUGCUCUGAAUUUAUAAGGUGCGUCAGCGUCAUUCUAAAGAAAUAUGAAUUAAUCCUAGAGCCAACUGUCUGAAGGAAAAUGGCUACCAUGUCGCAACCCCAAUAGUCAUAUCCUGAACUGAGCCCUGUAGAGUCUGAAAGACAAAUUUUGUAAUUAAUUCAGUCUUACAUUUAAGAUUCGGGAGUGUGACUGGAAGCCCAUUACAAAGGUUAUGGCCGAUGAAGUAGUGAAAGUUUCUUUGUCACCUUCCAUUCUGGUAGAUGAAUCUCCGAAGGUGAUUCUUCAGAGCUAAAAGGUUUGAUCAGGGCAUGGUAUAAAUAGAAAAUGCAGUAAUUUCAAAUGCAGGGGGAAAAGUGAUGUUUUAAAGGUAUUAAAAUAUAAAAAUUUUCCUUUCUUUUAUAGCCUUUCUCUCUCCCCCGUCCCUUUCUCUCUCUCUCUCUCUCUCUCUCUCUCUCUCUCUCUCUCUCUCUCUCGUCCAGUUAUGGUGUUUUCUAUUUGCUGUUUAACUUCAGAUGACCUCCAGCACAGGGCUCCCCAGGGUGGGGGGUGGGGUGAGCAGUGGGGAGACCUACCUGGUAGCUGGGUCAGGGUAAGCAGAGGCUGUACAUUGAGGCCACUGGGUGUUGUUGGAGGCAGGGAUGUAGCCACCUCUGUGUCCUGCCCUGUGAUGUCAAGGGCACACACCCUCAACCCCAUCU